AGCUGUGCGGUGUGGAUGAGGUAGGUGCUGCUGUGUAUUAAUAGGAGGGUUUAUGUGUCCAGAGUUGCUUUACUCGAGGAGACGGACACGGGGGGCUUGAGGCGAGCCGCCUCAGUCUGACACUGCACACACUCAGCUUUCUGUUCAUGUGCUAGUACAGCACUGUCACCAGCAGCACAACCAUGGAGGUGUUGGAUAUCCUAAAUUUGGGCGAAAUUGCCCAGUAUUUUUCAAAAAUGGCCAUGUUUCCAGUUUUUGAUGUCGCCUAUUACAUCGUAUCCAUACUGUACCUCAAGUAUGAACCAGGCUCAGUGGAGGUGUCCCGCAAAAGCCCUGUAGCCUCCUGGCUCUGUGCAAUGCUCUACUGCUUCGGGAGCUACAUCCUCGCAGACAUCAUGCUCGGACACUCCCCCAUCGACUAUUUCCAUAAUAACAGCCACAUCCUCCUGGCUUCAGCUGUUUGGUAUCUCAUCUUUUUCUGUCCCUUUAACUUGUUCUACAAAUGUGUCGCGUUCCUGCCCAUUAAGCUGGUGCUGGUGGCCAUGAAAGAGGUGGUCCGCACUCGCAAAAUUGCUGCUGGAGUUCACCAUGCUCACCACGCCUAUCACCAUGGCUGGUUCAUCAUGGUUAUUACUGGCUAUGUCAAGGGGUCAGGAGUAGCUCUCAUGUCAAAUUUCGAGCAACUGCUGCGUGGCGUGUGGAGGCCAGAGACCAAUGAAAUUCUCAGUAUGUCAUUCCCUACCAAAGCCAGUCUGUACGGAGCCAUUCUGUUUACACUCCAGGAGUCCCACUGGCUUCCUGUGUCAAAGAGCACCCUCAUCUGCAUCUUCACUCUGUUCAUGGCUACUUCCAAGGUGAUAAUGACCGCUCGCCACUCUCACGGAUCUCCCUUUGCUCUGAUUGAGUCCUGGGUGUGCCACCUGCUGUUUGGCUCUCCUCUUGGUGGCGAAGAUCAUCAUGACCAUCAUCACACCGCCCCCGCAGCUGCCGCUGCCCCUGCAUCUCCAGCCAAAACCAAGGAGGAACUGAGCGAAGCCACACGCAAGAGGAAGUCCAAGAAAGCAGAGUAGACACACAACUUCUUUUUAAAAGGAAACCAAACAAACAAAAAAUUCAUCUAACCAGCUACUGGUGUCUCAAGUCCCCUCUCAGGCCAUUUUUGAUACAGAGGUUUUUCAUUUGUCUGCAGAAAAGGGGAGGCGGAGUCUCAGGAGUCUGAUGGUAACCAAUGCAAGUUUCUUAAUGGUGCUUAAAGUGACAGAUACUACAUAGGGACUCUGUAAAUAGCUCACCAACACUUCCCACUCUUCCUGUUAAUAUGCAGUAAGUGUAUGUCUCUAUUUAUUAUGUACAUUGCUUUUCAUCUGUGGAACUCCAUUCUCCUGUCACCAGAAGUGUGUGGUGAUCUACAGUAUGGACAUUAAAUCACUGGAUUAAUAAGCCCAAUGAUUGGUGAAUCUGCCCUAGCCCAUUUAGAUGCAGAAAAGCACAUUUCAGGCAGCAAGGGAAAUCAGAAGGAACCGCCAAAGUUAGGACCUAAAUUUGACUAUACUUGGCUGCUUUUUAUGUCAUAUUGCAUUUGACAAUACAGUAUUUUCAAAAAUAAAUCUAUUUUCCAAUCA